ACCUUAUCAGAAUUUUGGUGUCAAUCACGCGCAACGCGGUCAAAGCUUGUCGAGUGUUUGGCGCCUGCUCGAGCGCUGGCGGAGGAUGAGCAACUUCUUCACCGCAAGAAAGCUGCAGGCACCCGUUGCUGCCUUCACGAUGGUGUUUGUCCUCCUGGCAUUCGUGCGCACGAGCAUCACUAGCGCACGACAAAACGCUCGGGCAGAGUCCAUCAAACGUCAGCCUGGCAUCGAUGCACAGACUCGUCGAUUGGGUCUCGAUUGAAACAACAACAUGACUGCGCGGGCACGUCAUCGUCCGGUGCUGCUACUGACAACACGCAGACUCGAUCCGUCUUGCGUGCUGUCCAAUUGUCGCUUUUGCGAGAGCAAAGCGGCUGCUCUCUCUUCGCCCGGUCGGUGCAGUCCGCUGUGCAGAGAGUCGAGGUGCCUGCGGAGGCCUGCCGCCAGACGAAUGAUCAUCCUCUCGCUCGCGUUUGGCA